AUGUUUAAAACUCCUUUAAAAAAUGUUAUCAAACCAUCAUUCCCACCUUCUUUAACAAAAGACGUUCACCUCGAAAAAUUACGUAAAUCCAAAAAACCAAAAGGAAGAUCACCAAACGCUUUUAUAUUGUAUAGAAUGGAAUUACGUGAAGAGUAUCUUCGUAAAAACAUUCAAUUACCUCCUAUGAACGAAUUAUCCAUGAUCGCAAGUAACUUUUGGAAAGAAGAAUCAACAGAAACAAAAGACUAUUAUGUAAAACUAGCAAAUGAUAUUAAAUCUUUGUAUACACCAAAUACUUUUUUCGUUAUGGAUAAGCAUAUGAAGGAAAUUAAUUAUAAUCAAAGAAGCAUAAAUGUUUCACCGUCGCGGGCGACAGGUGUAGAAUCUGGUUAUGAUGUCAAUCAAACCGAUCAAACCACCGCUCCUUUUGAGGAUCGGCAUUCGUUUAGUGAACUUAUUGAAGUCGCUCCUUCUUCACCUAAAUUUUACGAACAUUCAGGGAAGAGUUUAGCUGACAAAGAGCUAUUCGAAUUGCUUGAUUCAUAG